AUGAAACAAGUGCAGCGGGUAAAAAGAGUUAAUGGAGUUCUCAGAGUUUGUAUGAAAGGCGCUAUAUCAAGGUACUCCACGUCCGAGAAAGCUGCAAUCUUUCAGAGGCUGAAAGAUCUUAAAGACGAAAGUGUUAUCGAUAAGAGCGAUCCUUUGGCCAAUAUGAUCAAAGGUGUCUUUGAUAAAAAUGAAAAACUGAUUGAUAUUUACGAAAAGCUCCCACAGAAAGAGUUUGAGCAUAAAUAUUGUUCUAACAUUGUACACGCGAAAUUGGGACCCCACGUUCAUAAGCAUGCGAGAGAUAUAGCGCUAUCGAAGCCCUGGACAGGUGAGGAACAAAUUUUAGACACAUCGAUGAGGAUGAUUGUGGAUAAUGUGAAACCUGCUGGAUCAGGUAACAAUGGAAGUGCGAAUGCCAAUACUACGAGCUCCAAGAGUCAUAUGAAGUUACGGAAACUGCGGGCUCGACUGGAAACCACACAAGAUGACGUGAUUAAUUACAGGGCCAAAAGGGACAAAAGCGAGAACGACAGUGAAGCUUCGCAAUUUAGAGCUCUGCUAGCAGAAAAAUUCACUCCAAUUGGCUCUUUUGAAAAGCUCCAGUCGAUCGCAGAGGUUAGAAUUGAGGAGAGCAUUAAAAGUGGAGCGUUUGAUUCUCUCAGCAAAAUGAGAGGCCGCAGCCAUCAAAACAUGAGGUUACAACCGCAUAUUGAACGAACUGAACAACGUCUGAAUGAUAUACUCGUGAGACAAAACUCGCUUCCUCCUUGGAUCGAGAAACAGUGUUCUGUAAAUGGAGAGGUGGCGGAUUUUAGGCGCCAGUUGAUAUCCUCGCUCGAUUUAGCGUUCAGUUGUGCUUUGAAAAGACAUGAUUUUCAUGACAAGGUUUCCGAAUUAUCACAUUCUCAGCUUCAACAUUAUGUUAACAGCAGAAGAAACAUCCUUGAGGAUCUGAAAUCUGGCGUAUUUUAUCAAUGGAAACACAAUACAAAACAAUUAAUGAAAGACAAAAUAAGAGGUGUUAAUAAUACCAUGAGGUCUUAUAACCUUCAAGCACCUUUGUCUACUCAAAAAUAUUAUCUGAUUCUGGAGAAAGAAUAUCAAAGAGCAUAUGAAAAUGUUAGUGUCACAAAGAGUUUACAAAAUUUUGUCGCUGCACAACGACUGAAAAAAAUCAAUCAAGUAACAACUCAAAACUCUCAGACCUCACUCAAAAUCAAGUUUCCAACUUUUUUAAAAUUUUGGUAA